AUGAAGAGGGAUGAUAGUAACAUUGAAGAUGUGUAUGAUGGUGCACUCUACCAAAGGGAGUUUAAGCCAGGUGGCUUCCUCUCAGAACCAAGGCUGUGCUCUAACGGCGCCCGGUCGCCUGAGGCGACUAACAUUUGGCCUCGGGCGACUGAAAAUAUUUUCUUGGUCGCCCGGCCGGGCGACUGGCUGGUGUUGGUUUCUUGAUUUACAGUCAAAGUCAGUGCUUUUCUAAAUAGUAUUAUAAUUUUUCCUUUAAAUUAGGAUGGCUCGUUAGUUAGUUUUUGAAAAGCAAUUGUUACUUCUGCUCUGACAGGCGUAAAGUACGGUCGACGAUUAAUAAAUCGCUAAAUGAACACGGGAGUCGUUCUUUUAAAAGAAAAUGUUCCAUCGGGCGCGCGUUGAUGUUCAAAGGUCGUUCCAAGUGAAUUCACAUGUAGCAUAAUCCUUGACUUUGAACUUGACUAGCUACACAGUUUUCGAUUUUAACGGCUUUUCCAAUAGCAUUAAAAUUUUUCCUUUAAAUUGGGAUGGCUCAUCAGCUAGUUUUUCAAAAGAAGUUGUUACUUCUGCUCUGAUAGGCGUAAAAGUACGGUCGGCGAUUAAUAAAUCGCUCUUAUAAACACGGAGUCGCUCUUCUAUGCUAAUUUAAUAUUUUAGCCGGCUUUUUACUGCCGUGUCUGCGAGGCAAAAACAUAACUUACGAUUGUUUUUCCAGUAAAACACGAUGUAUAAAAAAGAAAAGAUACGUUUUUUUUGUGAUUGUUUUAGAAACGGGUAUAAACUCUAUAAGUUCCGCAUUGUCCUUGCACUGCUUCUGUAAGUGUGACUUAAAUAAUUAUUUGACUAUAAGUGAUGAUAGGUUUUCAGGAGGUCAAAGGAUACGAUGUUUCAUGAACAUAAAAACAAUAAAUAAAUGCACAUAGUUCUAUUUAACUCGUUACGAAAACAGUUUGCUUAAUUUUUAAUAAUUAACUGACUGAUUUAUUAAUUUGGGCGACCAACUAGGAGGCCCGGGCACCUCAGCUAAAAUGUUUGGGAGCCCGAAGGGCUCACCGAAAUUUUGAUUUGGGCGACCAUCUUUUAGGCCUGGGCACCCAAGCUAAAACGCUUGGUAGCCCGAAGGGCUCCCUGAAAUUUUCCUUAGAGCACAGCCUUGAGAACCAUACAACAUCUCUGUUAAGCUUAACACUGACGGUGUGGCAAUAUUUCAUUCAUCGCAGUUUGGAGUUUGGCCACUGUUUCUUCUUGUCAAUGAACUCCCUCCAGCAAUGAGGCAAGUGAAACAAAAAUGGUCAUGU